AUGACAGCGCCAGAGGCCACGGACCAACUCUUUGAGGCUGCCCGGUUUGGCAACGUAGACCAAGUGCGGAUGCUCGCGCGUGACCGUCAAUUCCGCAUCAUGGUAAACUGCACGGACGAGAAAGGCAGGAACGCCUUCAUGCUCGCGUCCAUGCUGGGACAGCAUGACGUGGUCGCAUUCUUCCUCGACUGGCUCGUUAUCGGAAACGGCACGUACAAUAUGAACCUCGCCGACAACGAGGGCAAA